AUGCUGCUGAGCUCCCCCUUCGUGUCCGUGUCCGUGUCCGUGUCGCCGUUGCCGCCGCAGUUCUCCCAGCCUUGCUAUGGCGCUCGCCCCGCGGCGCUGCGGAUCGAGGCUGCCAGGCAGCUGACGGGGCGGGUGGUGACGACCAAGGCCGACAAGACGGUGGGGGUGGAGGUGGUGCGCCUGGCGCCGCACCCCAAGUACAAGCGCCGGGAGCGCAUCAAGAAGAAGUACCAGGCGCACGACCCCGACAACCAGUUCAAGGUCGGCGACGUCGUCGAGCUCCGCCCCUCACGCCCCAUCUCCAAGACCAAGCACUUUCUCGCCAUCCCGCUACCGCCCCGCGACACCCGCCGCAAGUCCCAGCUCCUCCCGCCGCUCCAGUCCCAGGCCGACGACGACGACCAGGCGCCGCCGCCCUCGCCCUCCUCCGAGUGA